AAACUCCAGCCUUCGAACGUCAUCGAACUUGUUUGUGAUGAACCUGACUACAGCUGACCUCAUUAUGUCCUUGUUAGACUUCCCCAUGUUUGCAGUGUCCAGUUUUAAUGGCUGCUGGCUGCUGGGAUAUACUGGAUGUCAGAUGUACGGUUCUACGACAUCACUGUGUAGCCUGGUGUCCAUCAACACUCUGGCUGCCAUCUCAUUUGAUCGCUACUUCGCCGUCGUUCACAGACUCAGCCCCAUGCACAAAAUGAAGAAAUCCACAAGCGGCGUGAUCAUCGCGUGCAUAUGGUUGCUCAGCAUCACCUGGUCACUGAUGCCAUUGUUUGGGAUAGGCACCUAUCGUCUGGAGGGUCUGGGAACAUCGUGCACGUUCAACUACAUUGAUCAAGGUCACACAUAUCGAUUGUUUUUCUUAUGUCUGGUGACCUUCAACUUCUUCAUUCCGUUGUUAAUUAUAACUUAUUCUUACGCUCAGAUAUUUGCAUAUGUCAAACGAGUGAAGAGAGAACUCAACUCUCUGGAAACGGUGCCAGACGCAAAGGCUCGACGAAAACAGAUAACAACAAAAGCUGAAAUCAGAACGGCGAUAACAGUAAUAGUGGUUAUAACUAUUUUCUGUACAGCGUGGACGCCCUAUGUGGUUAUUGCAUUUAUAGGUUUGUUCGGACCAAGAAACAGCAUCACGCCUCUAAUUUCAGCCUUUCCCAACGUUCUUGCCAAGGUUUGCACAAUCUCUAAUCCAAUUCUAUACACAUUUGGCAACAAAGAUUUAAGAAGGAAGACGAAGGCUUUAUUCCUGUUCAAACCCAGGCAGUCCUCACUACGUUCCACUUACGCAACUGCCGGUAUCACCAUCCAAGAACAUUCCUUGAUAAACCAUAUACCAAUGCAUUCAUAG